CCACCCGCCGCGCUCCCUCCGCCGCCGCGGAACGGUUUCUGUCAGGAUGAAUUGGCAGAACUUGAUCCAGGCACUAAUGGGGAGACUGACAGUUUAACUCUUGGCCAAGGUCACACACCUGUUUCUGUUCCAGAUGAUCGAGCUGAACAACGAACUUGUCUUAUUUGUGGGGAUCGUGCUACAGGCUUGCACUAUGGGAUCAUCUCCUGUGAGGGCUGCAAAGGCUUUUUCAAGAGAAGUAUCUGCAACAAGCGUGUGUAUCGGUGUAGUCGUGACAAGAACUGCGUCAUGUCCCGUAAGCAGAGGAACAGGUGCCAGUACUGCCGCUUGCUCAAGUGUCUCCAGAUGGGCAUGAACAGGAAGGCUAUCAGAGAGGAUGGCAUGCCUGGAGGCCGGAAUAAGAGCAUUGGGCCAGUGCAGAUAUCAGAAGAAGAGAUUGAAAGAAUCAUGUCAGGACAAGAGUUUGAGGAAGAAGCCAAUCACUGGAGCAACCAUGGUGACAGUGACCACAGUUCCCCUGGGAACAGGGCUUCAGAGAGCAACCAGCCCUCGCCAGGCUCCACAUUGUCAUCCAGGUCUGUGGAACUAAAUGGAUUCAUGACAUUCAGGGAUCAGUACAUGGGGAUGUCAGUGCCUCCACAUUAUCAAUAUAUACCACACCUUUUUAGCUAUUCUGGCCAUUCACCACUUCUGCCCCCACAAGCUCGAAGCUUGGACCCUCAGUCCUACAGUCUGAUUCACCAGCUGAUGUCAGCUGAAGACCUGGAGCCGUUGGGCACACCCAUGUUGAUUGAAGAUGGGUACGCCGUGACACAAGCGGAGCUGUUUGCUCUGCUUUGCCGCCUGGCCGACGAGUUGCUCUUUAGACAAAUUGCCUGGAUCAAGAAGCUGCCUUUCUUCUGCGAGCUCUCAAUCAAGGAUUACACGUGCCUCUUGAGCUCUACAUGGCAGGAAUUGAUCCUGCUCUCUUCCCUCACAGUUUAUAGCAAGCAAAUCUUUGGGGAGCUGGCUGAUGUCACUGCCAAGUACUCACCAUCUGAUGAAGAGCUACACAGAUUUAGUGAUGAAGGGAUGGAGGUGAUUGAACGGCUUAUCUACCUAUAUCACAAGUUCCAUCAGCUGAAGGUCAGCAAUGAGGAGUAUGCAUGCAUGAAAGCAAUUAACUUCCUGAAUCAAGAUAUCAGGGGUCUGACCAGUGCCUCACAACUGGAACAACUGAAUAAGCGGUAUUGGUACAUUUGUCAGGAUUUCACUGAAUAUAAAUACACACAUCAACCAAACCGCUUUCCUGAUCUUAUGAUGUGCUUGCCAGAGAUCCGAUACAUUGCAGGAAAGAUGGUGAAUGUGCCCCUGGAACAGCUGCCCCUCCUCUUUAAGGUGGUGCUGCAUUCCUGCAAGACAAGUGCAGUGAAGGAGUGACCUGUUCCCAGCACUGCCUCGGGUGCCAGCAGUGCCUUGGGUGGGCAGGACAAGCUCCAGAGGAAAGAGCCAGAGAGACCGAGAUGGAGACUGUGGAGCAGCUGCCUCCAUCACAAGAAGAAUUUGUUUGUUUGUCUGUUUUUAACCUCAUUUUUCUAUAUAUUUAUUUCACGACAGAGUUGAAUGUAUGGCCUUCAACAUGAUGCACAUGCUUUUGUGUGAAUGCAGCAGAUGCAUUUCCUUGCAGUUUACAGAAUGUGAAGAUGUUUAAUGUUACCAUGUUGUCAUUGUUUAGAGAUAGUUCUUUUGUAUUUUGAGGGAGAGGGUGGGAUGGAGUAGACGACUAUUUCCGUAAUGUUGACAAAGACAACUACCUCAAUGGAAACAGGGAUAUGACCAUCCCUACCUUUCCACAAUUUCUCAGCAGAUGUAUGCUUGUCUGUUCGAGAACUGGCUGCCUUUUUAUAGCCCCAGAGAAAUAUGCCAAAGGAGCAAA